ACGAUAGUAUUGUGUAUUUGUGCUUGUCAAGUGUAACAUUACUCCGUGUCUCCGUAUCGUUUAGGAUUUAGGCAUCCCAAACGGUAAAACGCGGUUGACACUGCAAUGGAGCCUCCGACGUUCGGCGGCGGAAGCAGCGGCGGGAAAGGGAACAAUAGGAAGUUGAGAAAGAUGAAGAGCCCAAAGGAGAUGGUUUCUCAUUACGAGGCCCAGGGUCUGGGAACCGAAGAAGCUUCGCUGAAAGUCAUAGACGAACUCCAGAAGGCACUGUUUGGGAUGGCCGUAACUUCUCGAGACCCAGGCGGCGGCGGCACUACUUCCAGAAAGCUGGACUCGAUCAACUCGAGGUUGCUUAGGCUGGAUAUGAAAUUGGACUCGAAACCUAGCUUUCCGCAGAGCCUCGCCAUCGGGGUGGCCUCUGGCGCAAUUGUUCAGCUCUUCCCCCAAUUCGCCGGAGCUGUUGCUGGUAUCUGGAAUUCCGUUCGCUCUGUUUCUAAAUCUAACCCAUGAGAGGAAGUCUUUUGUUCUUGUCUGAAUUAUUGAAUGAGCAAUUGUUUGUUUUGAUUGUCUUCUGAAUCUCAUGCAGAAAGCUUCAUCACAGAUAUUAUGCUUCUAUUUCUAGGACAAAAGGCACUGGUUUACUCAUUCUACACUUCAAUUUUUGGAAAAGCGAUGAUCAUUAUGUGUGCAAAACAUGAAUUGGAAUCCCAUGUUGAAGAAGAUUGUUCUUUGACUGGUUAACUCCAGAACUUCAUUACUGUUUUGAUUCCUGAUGAUGGCUGGCCUAAACUGAUAAUGUUGUGUGCAAAUCCACAGGCAUAUACAUAUAUUUUAUAUCUUUAUUACUACCUGUAUCCUAACUGAGCCACACAUCCCGGCCCUGAUAGUACAUGAUCAUGUCUGUUAAUUGUACCCCCUAUCAUAAUCCAAUAAUAGGGUACCCUAUAAUGAACAGGUAAGGACCUGCUUAUAAUAGGGUACCCCUAAUUGAAUCCCCCAUACUGAUAGCCCACUGAAAGGGGGACAUUGAAAAAGUGAAAACCUAUCUUCAGGAAAAUAAUCACUUAACAGACUUUCACUUUUGCACU